AUGCCUCCAAAACAAGCAAAGCCCGACUCGCGGGCGACGACCCUUCUCUUCAAGAAACAUAAAAGCACCAUCCUCCUCUCCCUCCAACCACACGAACCCCUUACAGCCGUCAAAGAGAAGCUACUCGAAGCCUUAAAGUCGCGCAAUAUGAUUGAAAUAAAUGGAGAGCCUAUUCCCUCGGACUCGGCGCUCAUCGAUUUUGGCGUGCCCGUGGAUCGAAGUGAUCUCGAGAAAGGGUGGAAACUCCUACAGACUGACGGAGGAGAUACAUCGAAGAGCACUGCUGGAAAGAGAGCUUCCUCGGGUACUGUGCUAGCUGCAGGUCUCGACAAUGGCCAUUUGGUUGCAUUCAGCUUCCGCAAACCAGGCGACGUGCCGGCAAACGACGAGGAUGAUGCAGACAUCGACUCGAACGAUCCUGGCUGGGACGUGGUGAUUCCGACCUUCGAUGAUGAGGAGGAAUAA